AUGAAAGAGUUAGGUUUCAGGAGACCAAGCCUGUCUGCUAACCUAAAGCUUGGGCAUCGGGUCCCUUCUCAUGAUGUUAACUACAACAUUCCAUUUGCACAGAUGAGUGUAAUUAAAAGAUGGAACUCCAUGGAUGAUAAGGUUGAUCAAGAAGAUAUUAAUUGUUCUCAACAAUUAACAAAAUUUAAUCUUUUUUUUCUGAACCUUAAUGUUGGAGGGAAGCUAUUUCAUAUUGACUACAAUGUUGCAGUUCGUUACCCAGUCACUAGAAUAGGAAAGCUGGCCACUUGUGUUGAUCUGGUAAAGAGGCUAGAUCUUUGUGAUGACUUUUCAGUGCAGAAGAAUGAGUAUUUCUUUGAUCGAGAUCCAACUGUAUUCUACUAUAUUUUCCACUUCUACCGCAGUGGUGUUUUAUGGAUAACGGAUGAACUCUGUCCAACAAACUUUAUUGAGGAAAUUGAAUACUGGGGUAUUCAUUUAAACUAUACUCAGAAAUGCUGCCGUAGCCUCUUUGAAGAACAUCAGGAUGAAUUAAAAGAACAUCUUAAAAUACAGAGAGAUCUUGAAGCUGAGGUGGCUCGCCAUGACCCUGAAAAACAUUUUCAAGACAAGUGUCUUGGUGGAUUUAAAAAAGAGAUAUGGAACCUGAUGGAAAAUCCAUAUUCAUCAAUUCCAGCAAAGAUCAUUGCAAUCUUAUCUAGCUUUUUUGUCUUGAUAUCUGUGGUGUCAAUGUGUCUGAGUACAGUGGAAGAACUUCAACACAUGAAUAUAAAUGGAAAACCAUACAUGGAACAUGUAGAAUUCGGCUGUGUCGUAUUUUUCACAACUGAAUAUCUCAUGAGACUGUUUUCCACACCCGAUAUUAAAAGGUUUUCAAAGACUGUCCUGAACAUUGUGGACCUUAUAGCCAUUCUACCAUUUUAUGUUCAUAUCAUAUUUGAGAGGUUCUCAGAAGAAGCAGAUAUAAAUCUCCAUCAUAAUGAUAUUGAAAAGAUGGAAAGAGUUGGCCAAGUUGGGAAGGUGUUGAAAAUUAUUAGAUUAAUGCGUAUAUUUCGAAUCUUAAAACUUGCUCGCCAUUCAACUGGACUGAGAGCUUUUGGAUUUACGAUCCGUCAGUGCAAACAGCAGGUUUGCUGUUUGUUCUUGUUUAUUGCUAUGGGAGUUUUUACAUUCUCAGCUCUAAUGCAUUCGGUAGAGCAUGAUAUACCUGGGACCAAUUUCACCAGCAUCCCUAGUGCCUGGUGGUGGGCAGCGGUGAGCAUUUCCACUGUUGGCUAUGGGGAUACAGUUCCUGAUUCUGUUUUAGGACGGAUUGUGGCAUUUCUCUGCAUAUCUUUUGGGAUCAUCCUCAAUGGGAUGCCAAUAUCCAUACUGUAUAACAGAUUCUCAGACUUCUAUGCAAAGCUCAAAGCACAUGAGGACACAAGUACAUUGAAACUUGGGACAGAGAUCAGAUUUAAAGAGAGGGUGUUAAAGAAGUUAGUUACCUGUUGUGUGGAGCAGGGAAGAGAGCAUGAAAGAGACCAUUAA